AUGUUUAAACAACUAUAUUUGCUUCAAAUUCAUCUAAUGCUUUCUGGAAACACUCUCACUCUUUGUUCACUUAUCAUGCCUUCCUCUAUUAAAAAUUCAAGUUUAACAGAAGAUAGUUCAAUUAAUGAAGAGAAUUCUUUAUCUACUGAUGAAAAGUCUAACCUUGAUAAAAUAGAUAAAGGAUGUUGUGAAGAAAUAAUUCCUAAAUACCCAAAAGAACAAGUUCCUAAAUUCAAAUUUAAACAUUGGAAUGAAACAAACCUUCAAGUUGAACUUCAAUCUAUCUGUCUUUGUUUAUUAUCUGCACAUUGCAAAAUUGUUGUUGGUAAACCAAAUAGAUAUAGUUCAUUAACAAAACAAUUUGUAAAGAUCAAAGAAAUAGAGUUUAAUAGAUUUGAUAGUAUUAAUGUAAUAAAAUUUACAAAAGAUAGAGUCUCUAUGAAAAUGUGUCUUGAAUGUUCAAAACAAAAUAUUAAUGCAAAAACUGCACUAAGAAGGCUUCAACCAAUCAAGAAGAAAAUAGUUAUGAAUCUUCUUAUUGAUUUAUUAAUCGAAUUUGGAUAUUUAUUUGAAAUACAAAAAGAGACUAAAGAAGGUUAUGAAGGAUUAGUACGUAUCUUUCAUAAAAAUACUUUAUUAAUGGAAACAAAAGAAGUUAGAGAAAAAGGUCAUCAAUACAAUAUAAAAAUUACUUCUCAACUUGCUCAAACAACACCUCUCACUCUUACUCCUUCUUUCUUCAAAGAUAAUUGA